GGCGAGAAGAGUAAUCUGAUCAACAGAGGUUGGAUGAUACAUACUUUAAUAGCAAGAAAUGACACAGGCCAAUCUAGAAUGGCAGCCUGGAGAUGACAUGUCGAUGAAUCACGGCUUUGACUGCAAAGAUAAAGUGCUUUUCGGCUGCAAAGGCUGCCCUGUGUGGCUCCUACGGAAUCAGUUAAGUGCGGGAAUAGGCCUAUAAUUAGAUACAGUAUCUGCAACAAUCAACCGUGCACCACACUGAAUGCUUAUUGAAAAAAAAAAAAUCAACUAUGAGUGCAAAAAUACAAUAUGUAAUAUUCACAUAUAACUACACAAAAGGCUAUUUCAGGUUGUGGUCGCUAACUGAAAUUAUUUUAAUCAGAUUCGAAUUAUUUCAAAUUAAUCUAAUAUAGUUUUACUAAGUUGUGUACUAAAAUAAGCGCUUACAUUCUUCCAUACUACUACAUCCCCCAUGAUGCACUUCUUCUUGUUUCCUGCUACGCGUGUGAGUAGCGCAAAGGCCCCAUGUAGCAUGAUGUCCACAUUAAUGCCUGAUAUUAAAAACUAAUAAAUACGAAUUCUUUCUCGUUAAAGGACUGUCUGACUUCACGUAGCCGCUUUAUUAUCGUUUGGAUAUGGUUACUUGUCUCAGUAAGCAGAGCUGUUUUAUUUAAAGAUCUUUAUAAUCCCUGACACGUGAAAUACUCUGCCCCGUUACAUUUGGUUUGGCUGCACGGUCGUUUGUGGCUAAACAGUUCAAAUACAACCGAACUUAAAGGAGUUACAUUUAUUCAGAUAUUAGUUAGCAACGCUGAUAGCAUGAAUAAGCGAGAAGGUGAAGGAUCUUCACGGAAAAAUGUUGAUUCAGCGCAGGAGCAGGAUAUGAGUGUCAACCCAUCCUCAUCUGUCAUUGCUGCCUUCAGAGUUUUCCAGCAGGAGCUUGACACCAAACACGACAAAUAUGAGCGUCUUGUUAAGAUCAGUCGAGACAUCACCAUCGAAAGCAAGAGGACUAUUUUUCUUUUGCAUAGAGUGACCAAUGUACCAGACGCAGAGGAUGUUUUGAACGAGGCUGAUGUGAAACUGGACGGGGUCAGGCAGAAGAUCGGUCACAUUGCUGAAGAGCUGAGAGGAGAGGACAUUUUUCAGUUUCAUAGAGCUUUCACUCCAGGGAUUCAGGAGUAUGUGGAGGCCGUGUCUUUCCUGCACUACAUCCGUCAUCGCAGCCUUAUCAGCCUGGAGGAGAUCAACGCCAGACUGGUGUUCAUGAGAACAGAAAAAGAAGAUCCUAAGGGCUCAGCUGAAGCCCUGCCGCAGGGCGCUCAGGUCCUGACCUUCCAGGUGACGCCAUCCGACUACCUGCUGGGUGUGGCCGACCUGACGGGGGAGCUGAUGCGGAUGUGCAUCAGCAGCGUGGGCAACGGUGAUAUCGACACACCGUUCCAGCUGAGCCAGUUCCUGCGUCAAAUCCAUGACGGUUUCUCCUACAUCGGGAACACGGGCCCGUACGAGGUGUCCAAGAAGCUGCACACGCUGCGACAGAGCCUGGGGAAGGUAGAAGACGCCUGCUACACCCUGCGAGUGCGCGGCUCAGAGAUCCCAAAACACAUGCUGGCUGACGUGUUUUCCAGUCGGACCACACUCAUCGACCCUGAGGAAGGAGUGGUUUAAUCCUGCGCUGCUGCAACAACACCUCUGACGCUCUCUAUGGUGUCAUUGUCUCUUUUAGUUUGAUGUUUGUAUGUGUUUUUAAUGGGAUUUGACAGAUGUUUCAUACAUUUCGUGACAUGCUUGUUAAUUUUUUUUAUUAUUACAUCAGUCUUACAAUAGACAAUGGAUUUUUUUCCUUGAUAAAGAUCUGAUGACUUCAGUUGUUUUGCAUGAAUAAAAGUUCCGUGCCAAGUA